AUGAGUGAGACCGAGUGCAUGUUUAAACGUUUGUUUUCUUUGUCAUUUAAGAAACGCAUUUUCUCACUUGAAGUUGUCAUUAUCGGCGAAAGUGGCGUCGGUAAGUCAAACCUUUUACUCCGUUUCACGCGAAAUGAGUACGAGCCAGAAAAGAAGUUCACAAUCGGCGUCGAGUUCGCGACUCGAACCAUCGAGUAUGACGGGAAGACUAUACGAGCGCAAAUUUGGGAUACGGCUGGACAAGAGAAAUACCGUGCAAUCACAGAUGCGUAUUAUAGAGGCGCUGAGGGUGCUGUAUGUGUAUAUGAUGUGAGUAAAAAAGAUACGUUUACGGCCAUCGACCGCUGGAUGACGGAGUUAAAGGCUGGGUGUGGUGACGAUGUGGUCAUAAUGAUAGUCGGAAACAAAAGUGAUUUAGAGCAGGAGCGUGAUGUCAAGCCUUCCGAAGGUGAAGAAUUCGCACAGCGCCACAACUCCUUCUUCAUGGAGACAUCCGCAUUGACUGGAAACAAUGUGGAGAAGGCGUUCACUGAGUUAUUGGUCCACAUCUACAAAAAGAAGAACACGACCAUCACUCCGGAGAAGACGGCCGAGACUCAAAAACCGUCAGUCGAAGAUAGAGUCAAUAUCAAUAAACAAAGCUCAGAGGAGAAGAAGAAAUGUUGUUGA